AUGACCCUUGAGCCUAUAGUGACCUGGAAUAUAGUGACAUAUAAUGAUAUGGAUGUUGACAUCACUCAUGAAGAAUGGGCAUUAUUGGAUCCUUCACAGAGGAAUCUCUACAAAGAUGUGAUGCUGGAGUCAUAUAUGAACCUCACUGCUAUAGGCUACAAUUGGGAAGAUCAUGAAGUUGAAGAACAUUGUCAAAGUUCUCAAAAACAUGGAAGGCAUCAAAGAAGUCAUACUACAGAGAAAUCAUCUGAACAUAAACAGUGUGGUCAAGCCUUUGUACAUCACAGUCAUCAUCCAAGGUAUAAAAGAACACAUACUGGAGAGCAACCCUAUGAAUAUAAUCAAUAUGGUAAAGCCUUUGCACACCCCACUCAUCUUCAAGCACAUAAAAGAACACAUACUGGAGAGAAACCCUAUGAAUGUAAUCAGUGUGGUAAAGCUUUUGCUUAUCACAAUCAUCUUCAAAUACAUGAAAGAACACAUACUGGAGAGAAACCCUAUGAAUGCAGUCAGUGUGGGAAAGCCUUUGCUCAUUACUAUACUCUUCAAUUGCAUGAAAGAACACAUACCGGAGAGAAA